GGCACCGAGAUGCUCCACCGGCGAUCUUCUAUCGCCUGACCUCGGGCAUUCUCGACACCGGUGUCAAUGAGCGAAAUAAAGGCUGGGGUGAAACUGAGCAUCAAUGCUCAUUCCCUCUCCAUCCGACGAAUCAGCUCUCUACCGCAAUGCAACGCCCUGUCGUAAACGAAUUGCUGUCCACCGCGACUCAACCGCUGAUCAAGCCCUCCGCCAACGCGAAGACCAUCCUCGUCGUCGGUGCGGGUGUGGCCGGCCUCAGCACUGCUUGGGCACUCCUCGACCGCGGCUUCAAAGUCAAGAUCGCCGCUCUCGACUUUCCCUCGCGCGACGCCAAGCGCAUCACGUCCCAUAUCUCGGGCGCUCUGUGGGAGUACCCGCCCGCGGUGUGCGGCCACCACGGCGGGGGGAGCGCCAACUCGGACGACGCGCGCCGCUCGAUGAUCAGCUAUCACUUCUACCACAAUAUGUCGCAGGACCCAGUGGAUGCGAAACAGUUCGGGGUCAAGAUGCGCCGCACGGUCUUUUUCUUCAAGGAGCCCGUGCUCUCAGUCCCCGCCCAAGUCGAGAAGCGCGCGAACAUCCGCGCGUCAGGCGUGAUCGGCUUCGAGCACCCUCCGGCGGACCACACGGGGCGCAACGAGCUCCUGCGCGAGUUCGACGUCCCGAAGGAGUACGUCGACGCGUAUGCGCUGUCGUCGCCAGUAAUCGACACCGACUCCGCGCUGAUGUCGAUGCUCAAGCUCGUCCGCAUCAAGGGCGCCGAGAUCAUCCACCUCGACCAGCCCAUCUCGUUCCUCCCGCUCGUCGAUGGAAAGCCGAUGACGCUCGGGCCCUCGCAGGACGGGAAGGCGUUCGCGGAUGGCAAACACCUGUGUGCGCAGUACGAUGUCGACGCGGUGGUCAAUGCGACGGGGCUCGGCUCGAAGAACUCUGUCGGGGACAAGGAGGUGUACGGGCUCCGGGGGGCGGUUAUCCGGCUCGAUAACGACGGGAAAAAGUUCCACCAGCUGCAAGAAGCGCUUGUCGUUAGCGCCACCGAGCCCGACCCUCGUAAAGAGACCAGAUUUAUCUUCAUCGUCCCGCGCAACGACAACACUGCAAUCCUCGGCGGCUUUGCGAAACCGCUCCCCAAGGACAGCAAGGAGGAGCACUACGAGGUCGAGCACGAGGAGAUCAUCAACCUCCGCGAGCGCUGCAACCACUUCAUGCGCGGGGCGCACGACCUGAACGGGAUCCACAACGGGGAGAUGAACUCGGGGUAUCCGCUCGCGCAGGGCACGCGCCCUGGACGUGCGGAGGUGUGCCUCGAGCGCAACGGGCGUCUGAUCCACAACUUCGGACAUGCGGGCAGCGGCUGGAGCCUGUCGAUUGGGUGCGCGCUGGAGGCGGUAGGCCACGUCCAGGACGCAUGUGGGAUGUAAAAUCAGUGACCGGGCCGCGAGAUGUGCAUGCAGAAUCAAUGAUAAUCAUAUGUUGCCAUUCGUUUGAUCCACUGUGGCUUAGGAAGAGGAAGACUCGGAUGACUCAGAAGUGGAA